AUGAACUCGAUACGAAAAGCCGAAUCAUCUCCAAAGGGGAAAGUCGCGCAAGAUUUCAUAUCCACUCAUGCAUCGGAGCAUCAUGAAGCGUUUCAGAGGCGCGCCUACUUCGAUACCCAACGACAGCAGUAUGUAGAAUGGGCCCCACAUCGUGACUUGGCAGCUGCACUCGAACGGCAUAGGGAGAAUGGAGAUUCAUGCUUCGACACCGCGGGGAAAUGCACAUGGGCUGAUGUGCUUGAUGAGAUGAGCAUGGCCGAAGAAGAGUACUUUGCUAAAGGCCGAGGCUCAAAGAACAUUGGUCGGAGAGCAUUUAGGAAAGCUGGAGACUAUGCUUCCUCUAUCAGCCCGUGGUUUAACUUAGUUCCCGAUGACGAUGGCAUGAAUGUCCUGAGUGGCGGUCUCAGACUUGUCUUUCAGAUUGCCAGGGAACAGGCCGAAGCCCGAGAAAAGAUCUUGAAAACAUUUCGUGAUUUUGUAACAAUUCUCGACGCAACACAAAUCAAGCGGCAAAUUUUUAGAUCCAACGGAAAGCUCCGAUCGUUUGCAUUAGACUUGUAUGAGGCCGUUCUAGUUGCUAUGACGAAGCUGAUCCAUCGGUUGAACCGCCAUCAUUGGUGGGAGCGAGCUUCGGCGCCGGCCUCGGCGCCUGUCUCUUCAGCAGCAAUUGACGAUAUAUUAUUCGACGUUAAUAAAAGACUAAAUGACGUGCACCGUUGUCUCGACGAUAUACGGGAUCAAAGGCUCAAUUCCGUUCACCAAAAUGUUGUCUCCAGUCAAACAGAAUUGCAUGCAGUGCGCUUGAAUACCAAAACAAUUGAAAUUGAUGUCCGAAACUUGAACGAUGAUUUCAAUCAUUUUGCGCAGCAAGCUCAAGUCGACCAGGAGAAAAUCGAUAGUAUACAGAGUGGGGUUGAACGAAUCAACGAAAAUAUCGAUCGCUUGCUGACGGAACAUACACUUGAUGCAAAGACCGGGCUAUACCAUAUGCUUUUGGAUACGAUUCGAGGUACAGCACCAAUUUGUAUGAAUCUCUUGAUUUUCAAAUUCGAACUGACAUCUGGGGAUAUGAUUAGCAUACGAGCUGCAAAAGACCGCAAACCAGAGACCUAA